GUCAGGUUUGGAUCUUUCGCGUCCCGGCCCCGAAUGCGAGGAGGAGUUGAAGAGGAAGCAGUCAUGGUUUUUGAGCUUCCACGUGGCAAAAGUUUGUCAUGUUACCAUAGGGAUUCGGACAGAAUCUUUUUUCCGGCUGUGCCCCCCCCGGGCCCCCCGUAUCUAGUGUCAUCUUCGGUAAUUUUCAUAGGAUUCUUGACAUUUUUUGUACUUUCAGUUUCUUGUUUUCAGCGUCGUGAAUUAUCCUCGGAUCACCGAGCAAUAAAUUGGUACUAAUCAUAAGCUCCUGAAUUUUACACUUUUUGGUCCAAAUUUUCUGAUCCCAAAUCUUUGUAAUUCCAAUUCUGAUUCCUUCCGAUCCUUCAGUCGGAUCUUUGAAUCGAGUCUUGCUUCGUCCGAUUCGCUCUUUUCUCUGUCGAUUUAGCCCAAUUUGAAACCUGGCCGUUCCCUAAUUUUGAUUCUAGGGUUAGGGUUUUGAGAAAUUAUGGGAAACUUUUCGAUUUCAUAAGGCUUUGUUUUACAUGUAAAUCUUAUUGCGUGUGUCGGUUUCUGACGAUCCAAAUUCAUAUGGGUCGGUCGAAAUUUCCCGGAUUCCUGUGAAAAGUUGAGCAUUUCUUUGGAAAAUUAAGUGAAAUUUUUCGAUUUCAUGAGGAUUUGUUUUACAUGUAAAUAUUAUUGCGUGUAUCGGUUUCUGACAUUCCAAAAUCUUGUGUGUCGGUCGUCAUUUCUCGGAUUCCUGUAAAAAGUUGAGCAUUACUUUGGAUUUCCGAAAACCUUUCAUUUUUUCAAUUAUUUUUACGAAUUAUUUGGAUACACUCUGUGUUACGUGUAUUUUAUAAUUUUUGUUGCUUGUAAAUCAGUGUUUUUUUAUUUGAAAUAGGAUCUAGAAUUUUGAGUUUUGAAGAUUUUGGAUUUAUAUAAGCUGGGUUUUGGUUGCUUCAUCGUUUUUCAUUGUUCACGUCCCGUUGGUUGGUCUUUUUCAACAAUUUUGCAGGUUCACCAGCUCCUAUAGCUCAGUACAAAAAUGCUUCACAAGCGACCAUUUGUUGAUGAGGAUUCUUAUGAGGUUGCUUCUAAGCAACCAAGACAACUGGAACAUGCUAGGCAGCUUGCUCAUACUACUACCAUGGUCCCUGUCAGUGAUCCUGAGAAGCCUCGAAAUUCAGAUGGUGAAGGUGAGGACAGUUUUACCAAAUUUCAAGACGAAGGAAGGCUUGUAAAUGACCCAGUCACUGAAGUCUCAAAUGAGACCAAGUUAUUAGAAGCUGGUGUUAAUGGCAGCGUUUCCCAAUUUUUGUGGGUUAAUGGAAGUAUUAUUGGAGCUGAUGUUAGGUCAGAGGCAGCUAUUAAUUUUUCAUUUUUUCCAGAAUUUUUUCAUUCUGGACAACAACUAAAAGCUUUAUAUCAGUCUGAUGAGAACUAUUCAUCCCCUUCCGAUUGUCCUCCUCAAAAGCUAGUUUCGGUUGGACCAGAGCAUCAAGUUUUUGUUCCAGAAUGGGGCCUCCAGGAUCUGAAGAUCUCUUCAGAUCAUCUGGAUAAGUCGGAUUCUCAGCUUCCCCACUUACACGCAUCAGAUGCAGCCUUCCUGAUUGAUGAUGUUAAUGAGCUGCUGAUGGGUACAUGUGUCAUUCCAAUGCCUGACGUUGAAGCAUCUGCAAACUCUUGCAAUGAGAGUGGGGGAACCAGAAGUGACUGUAGGUGCCCUGACGGGGGUUCUAUCAGAUGCGUGAGACAACAUGUGAUGAAAGCUAGAGAAAAAUUAAGGGAAAAUCUUGGGCAGGAGAUAUUUGGGGAGUUGGGGUUCUGUGAGAUGGGAGAGGAGGUGUCUGAGAGAUGGACUGAAGAGGAAGAACAAGCCUUCCAUGAGGUUGUCCUUUCUAACCCUGCAUCUUUGGGUAAGAUUUUUUGGGACCAUCUCUUAGCAGUUUUCCCUUCUCGAACGAAGAAGGACCUUGUGAGCUAUUAUUUCAAUGUCUUUAUGCUUCGAAAGCGUGCCGAGCAGAAUAGAUUCGAUCCGCUAAACAUUGAUAGUGACAAUGAUGAAUGGCAAACAAGUGAACUUGUACUGGCAGAGGAAGAUGAAGACUCUGUGGUGGAGUCUCCUUUUGAUCAAGAAGCCACUGCAUAUUAUCAGGAAGAUCAUGCAAAGGAUUGCCUUGAAGACAUUGAGGUUGAGGAAGAGACUGAUACUUGUGAAGAUGACGCUGAAAUCCUCAUUCAUAGAAUGGGAACUGAUGAAGAGGAUGGGGGAGAUGUAGAUGAUAUUUCAGGUACACAUGUUAGUAAUUCCCUUAGUGACUGUCAUGGUGAUGUUGAUUUAGAGCUUUGUGGUAAAAUUCCAAACAGUAAUUGUGAGGAUUAUGAUAUCCAAGAUGACUCCUGCACAUCAUAUGAGUUUCAGCAGGAUAGGGUCGAUAGCUGUGGUCGACUUGAUGAGGAGACUGAUAGAAGAGAGUCCUGUGAAGAAUGAACGCUUGAGAUGCAUCUUAUUAUUAUUGGUUGAGAGGUUGAUCGUGCUGGAAGAUCCGUUAUGAAGCAUUCCAGGAUACACUUCUGAGCCUUGUGAUGGUGAAUGAUAGUUGGGUGAGAGCUGAUUUUUACCAAUUUGGAGUUUGAAUGAAAUUGUUUCCUUUGAGGAAUCUUGCAAUGAUGGCAAUGGGCAACUGUCUGCUAGAGCUGAUUGUUUAAUUUCCUCCAGUUCUCUUACUUCUAGUCUUUGGGGCUUCAAUUUAGGGCCUUCCUUCCAAGGAGCAUACGGGAAGUUUAAACGAGAUUUGCAUAUUGGGAUUAGAUGAUACACCUUUAAAAGAGGAUGAUUAAUUCUGUUUUCCUCUUGAGAUCUUAUACUACUUGUUGGAAGAUGUGGAAGUAUGUAGUAUUUUCUUAAAAGAUGGUUGAUCUGAUCUCCAUCAGUAUUCAGUGUGUCAAAAGAAGGCUCGUGGAAUUUUGCCUUUUAGUUUGUAGGUUUCUAAGCCCUUGUCUGCGAGACACAAAUUCCAUUUAUCCUACCAGCAUCAGGAUCGGCUUGGAAAUAAUGGCUGCAGUGGUUCCAUAUCAGAAGGCCAAGGGCUUCAAUGAAACACUCUCGGUUCCAGUCAACCGAACUGAAGUUUGUUCUGGAAACCUGUUAAUAUCUCAGUGAUAAUUGUUUAUAAAAAUAAAUAAAAUAAUUAUGCGUGUUCUCAUAUGCAUUUUUUUU